UCGGUAUAUACAUCCAAACAUGUCACAAAAGUGAUCGCUGGUCCCGUAGUCGUAAACGUUUACCUUUUGAAUUGUGUGGCCCAACCAAAUGCCACUUGAACCAUUCAUACACGAUAAGUUUUGUGUAUAGAGGCAACUUGAAAGUUGAACAAUAUAUGAAGCUCUCCGUAAAUUUGGAGGAUUAGUGUUUGUGAUUUGGUUCCUGUGACCUACGUGUGUGUGUGUGUGUGUGAAUUUAGUGGGGGCUUAAGUCUACCUACCAAGUCUCAACUCUUGUGCAAUUUCAAGAACUGCUCUAUAAUGUUCCAUAAUUUUUUGUUCUAACAAAGUCUUUUUGAGAGAUUAUAUUCUUUCAGCUGCUCAUGUGUUGUUGUGGAGGAACAAGAAGAUCUUGGUGUGUCGGUGUGACCGUUGGAACGGAGGUUAACCGUGGUUUGAUGUUUCUUCAGGACUUGGCUUGUAGAGGGAGUUUGAAACAGUUCCUCAUGGCUGCGAUUGGACUAUGGCUAGCCGCAAUGAUAGGGAGCUGUUGCAACUUCCUAACUGUUUUGUAUAUUGGGUUUGUGGGAGCAGGAGGUGUGUUCGUUUGUAUUUUCCUGUGGAGGAUCAUGUUUGGGAUUGCUAGCACUUUCGUUGGUCUCUCUGAGGGUAUGGCUAAGUACGGCUUCCUUGUUCUCUCCUCUGCUAUUGUCGCAUUUGCUGGGGUGGAAGCAACGCCUCUUGUGGGCCACGUGUUGGUACAGUAUUGGAGGUGUGAUUUUGAGAGAAAAACAAAAGAUGAAGGCGACGAAGAUGACAGUGGAUUCCGCGAGAAAGAGUCUCGGUACUCUCACCGUGGAAGAAUCUCGUCUGUGGCUUUCGUAACCGAAAAAUCGCCGGAGAGUUUCGUCGACGACCAAUUUCCGUGGCUCUCCUCGAAGAAGAACCUCGGUGGCGUUGCUCGGAGAAGAAUCUCGGUGGCUAUGAGCAUCGGAGAAUCUCUGUGGCUCUCCUCGACGGAGGAAAUCGGUGGCUCUCCUUUACAAACAAACUCCUCGGCCGGCGCCAAGUUAAAUCGAAAGCUCUUCCCUCACAUGGCAAGUAAGAACCACAGAGAUUGAGAAGAAGAAAGAAAGAACCGAUAGUGGUUUGUUUUGGCGAGGAGCAAUGGCGGAGCUGCGUCACUCCAGCUCUUGGAAGCCUUGCACUGAGCGGCGCAUGGGUGGAGUCUCUGGUAUAUUAGAGAAUGACACUGGAGACCAUCAAAAGAGUGAGUCCGAGAAGGGCUCUAUUAAUGGGAAUGGCUCAGGCGUUUGGUCACCACAAAUCUUUCAGGUAAAACUUUUCUUCUGGUCAGCUCUUGUAGUUUUGUGAUCAGGCUCUUGUAGUUUUGUGGUCAGCUCUUGUAGUUUUGUGGCCAGGCUCUUGUAAUUUUGUGGUAGGGCUCUUGUAAUUUUGUGGUCAGCUCUUGUAGUCUGCUGCUUGUUUUGUAGUGGACUUGGUUUUGUUGUAUCACGUGUGUAUCAAACCUUUUGAUCUUGUUUUGUUGUAUCACAGACCGUUUGUUGUAAUGAAAGCAUCAGUCAUCAUCUCUUUUUAUAAA